AUGUGGAUCCUACCCUUACUAGGAUAUUUGGGGGUUAUUGUGGGGUUCUCAUUUCUUACUUUGGCCAUAGCUUCUGGGCUCUACUAUAUGUCGGAGCUUGUAGAAGAACACACUGUUCUCACCCGUCGCCUUUUGACUCGGUUGAUAUACAGCAUUAUCCUCAUCCAGAUCCUCCUAUUCGUAUUUGACCGGUUUCCUUUCUCUCUAUCCCUUCUCGGCAUCGGUUCGCACAUCGUUUAUGCAAGCAAUUUAAGACGGUUUCCUAUCGUCAAGCUAUCGGAUCCCUUUUUCAUUCUGUCAUGUGUUCUUGUUGGUCUAAACCAUUGGCUGUGGUUCCGUCAUUUCUCAAAACCUCUACCUGCGUCGCGAGCUGCAUCCAGCUGGCGUCAACCAUACCAAAUUAAUGCGGAGGACAUGCCGACUUUCACUGAAGUUGCAUCUUAUUUCGGACUUUGUGUCUGGCUGGUCCCUUUUGCGCUCUUUGUCAGCCUUAGUGCGGGUGAAAAUGUCUUGCCCAGCAUAGGGUCCGAAUAUGCUACUGGCGAUCAUGUUUCAGCCCCAGGGUUUGCUCGUAAUACUUUGACUUCAGAUGGGAAAUCCAAGAACAAGGGCAUGGCAAAGGUUCUGGUGGAUAGUGUUCGGGACUGGGUCAAAGAAAACGGCGAAUUGAUGGGAUUUUGGAGAGGUGAACGCUCGAAAAGGUUCUGA